AUGCACUGCACGCAGUUCCUGAGGCUUUGGGAAUUGUUACGAAUUAAAGCAACUUCAGGCCAGCCAGGUCCGGCAGGAUAUGGUCAUUUGGGAGAUGCAAAUUCAGCUUACUUCUACGGCAACGUGGAUGCGAGCAUGCAAGGACGACUGCAAGGCCCAGUCGGUUGGCAACCUCAGGGUUAUCCACCUGGUCCUGCCGUCACUGGUCCACCAGGUGCUCCCAUAUAUCACCAUGGUAUACGACCUAGUGCUCCAAUGCGACCGCCUUUGCCACCCCAAAUGAUGCAGCAAAGUCCAGUAAUAGAUGAGCAUCAGAGGUACGAGGAACAGCAGCGGCAGCAUUAUUUCCAUCAGCAACAAGCAGCAUAUGCUGUCCAGCAACAAUUACCGCGUACGACGACUCCUUCAUCAACCUUGCAAGUUGACAAUCAGCAGAGUCAAGGUUCACAAAGUCGAGCACCAAGUGCAGGUCCACCAUUAGCUACAACUCCAGAUAGUAGUAGCAGACAGUCAGCUGAAGACAAUAUGCCCUUACGGUCACCAAGUCAUCCACAACAAGUAGCAAAUGCAACAGCCUCUUGUAGCAUCCCACCAUCUGGACCCUUACAACAGCAGCCUUCUGUACCAUAUUAUGGGCAACCUCACACACCUCAAAUGUAUGGUGCAGGGGGCUUGCGUCCAGGUGCUGGGCCACCCGGAACGCUAUCAAUGAAAGCUAGUACUUAUCACCAAGCUUAUCCGCAAUCUCAGCCCGGAUACUCCGCUCAUAAUUAUCAGGAAGGCUACCAAACAAUACAUCCUGGAGUAGCAACUCAAAUGUACCAACAACAGAUGUGGAACUCGCAACAAAUGCAGAGGUAUUCAGGACCUCAUACAAAUAUACCAACUUCAUCCGCUAUGGGAAACGCCCAAAUGGGUGCGGCAAUGGUACCACGGGUUUCCGGAACUCUACCUCCUGAAAUGCAGCAGCAUUAUGCUGCAAGACGGCCGCCCUUUUGUUUACAAACACCUGGGCCAGCUAUAGCUUCUGCUGUUCCGGGAACAACUACUCGGUUAAGGUAUACGGCUCCACCGACUAAUUCGGCAACACAUCAACAGUUGCAGCCGCAGUAUCCAUCUCAUCCCGUGCAGGGGAGUCGCGUAGUUGGUACAUCGUCAAGUCCCUUUCCGCUUAUAGGGCCAUCGACAUCAACAGGUUUCACAGGAAUACAUGGUACAACUGGAUCGUUGGGGCAGUCAGCGUCAAGUCUAAAUGUUCUACCUAGUGGCAUGCAUACGCCCAAUGCUACUUCAGGUCCGGGUACGACUGUGGCUACAGUUAUGCAUCCUUCAUUUACCCAAUUUACUCAGCCUCAACCUAUGCAGUUUCCAGCGGGUAGUGUUGAAGCAACAACAAUCAGUCAAAGAAGGAGACGGAAAUUGGUGAUGAAGGAUUUGAUGCGGGUGAGCACGAAACGUAUAAUGAUGGCUUUACGCAGCGGUUUAGAAACGGAAGCAACAUGGGCACUGAAUGCAUUGAAUGUUAUGCUCUACGACGACUGCGCUCCACCAACAAUGUUGAAUCACACCCCUGGACUUUUGAACGUGCUCAUUGAGCAUUUCAGGGCACUGUUAUCUCUUCUUUAUUCCAAAGUAUUCGAGGUAGGUGCAGAAUCUAAAGCACGAACAACAGAUGAUGAAUAUGAUGAGUUUUGGAUACAGUCUUCAAAAUUAGAGCGUACGACAGCACCUUCAUUGGUUGCAUCACGUAGCUUAAAAAAUGAACCAACAAAUUUCACAGAGAUAUCACGUACAGGUCGAACGGUGCACAUUGAGAAAAAGGAACUGCCGGAAUGGUUGAAACGUGCUAGGCCAAAUGGAUGGUCAUGUGACAUUGCGGACGAAACUCUUUCAAUGGACUAUCACGAGUCGCGAAUGUUAAGUGGAUUAGGGGGCGAAACAUCUUCAUAUCUGGCAGCUCGACUUAACACUGAUAUCGAGUUCAGGAAACAGCUAAAGAAACCGAAAUUUUUCGUGAAAGAAGUGAAUGGAAUAUCAAGGGUGGUUGAAGCUGACAUCGAUGAAGUAGCCUACUAUAGUAAAAUUGAUAAGUCAAUGCGAAUCAUCCCAUCCGACAUGGAAAAGUUUAGUGAUGAGGAUGAAUACAAGAAGGUAGUGGAGCUGAAGACUAUACGACCAACAGCACUUUGUGUCCGGGAUGAAUCGCGAUUACACCUUGUAAGGCGUUGCUUGGCAGUUUCGAAUGUUCUGCGUGGCUUGUCCUUUUUGCCUGGUAAUGAAGGGCCAAUGGCGAGACAUGCUGGUCUUUUGUAUAUCAUUGGGAGACUGUUAAGACUUUAUACGGACGAGAGAACGCUGAAAUUGCCAGGAUCGCUCGUGAAACAGUUAUCAAAGAAUGAGGAAAUUCAACCAGUUUUAGCUGUCGGUACACUUUCGAAAGCAAAUCGUCGUUUGAUGGAGCCCGGAGAUUUACUAGAAUCAGAUGAUGACAAUGCUUUAUUGCUGUUUGAAACAGCUUGUCAGUUACGAGAAGAUGCAUUUGUUAUUCUGGUGCAUAUUAGUGUUCAGCUGGAUCUGAUUGAGUUUGAGUCAGAUGUUGCUUGGCCAUUAUUUGAUGCACUUAUCCAUUGGUGUGUGAGCAAAUGUGCAGAAGCGAAGGAUCCAUUCAUUUCGGCUGGCGUGUCGCCGAGGAACUAUGCUUUGGAAGCCUUGUGCAAGCUGUCAGUAAUUGAACAUAAUGUUGAUCUUCUUCUCUCCACGGGUCCAUGGUCGCGCUUGGAAAGUUUUAUUAAAACGCUGGUCGGUUUGCUUGCUUUGAAUGAAGAAAUACCAAGCAGGGAGUUUGCAAUCGUCAUACUUUGUGCUUUAUGCACUAUUUCCGAACCAACAUGCUACGUCGUUGCUGCCGAAUCGCCAGCUGUACAUUAUUUGGUGGCAUUUCUUGAAAUGGGUGAUGCAAAUAUGCAUCAGAUUGCUCAGCAACACGGAAUCCAAGCACUUCGAGACAAUCCGGAGAUGAUGGGUACCUCAGUCCCUAUGUUAAGGAGAGCGGCAUCUAUUCUUCAGCAGCUCUGUAAAGUACCAGCUUGCAGACAGCAUCUUAUUCGGCACCAGCAAAGGUUGCUGCAGUUCACAAUGUCACAUUUGAUGGAUUCUCGAGUAGGACAGACCAUCACGAAUGUCCUGUACGCAAUGCAGUACUUUUCUGACAAAGAAAGGGAAAGCAUUGAAAAGGGCGAAGAAUCAGAUGAAGAGAGUUGCCAACGAAAAGCAAGUAAAAUCAGUGUAAGGACGAAUGGUGAUGUGAAAUCUUUGAAAAAUGAAGCAGAAUCCAAAGAUUUCCCUGAAAGUAGCUCCGUGAAACGUCCUGCUGAACACAAUGGUCUUCCGAAAGCAUUAGUGGAAAACGCAGAUAGUCAUGGAGACUACUUGAGACAAACAAAGGAUGAUAUAUCGUCGCAAGCAGCAAAAAAGCAGAAACUGGAAAAUGGUCUUUUGAAUUACUUACCAAGUGGCAAGGGUAAUAUUACUAGUACUUCAGCUCCGAAUUCUCUGAAACCUUUGGUGAAUGGUGAUGUGAAGGCUGCUGUAACGUCUAUCCAAGCUGUUUCUAGAAGCACUCCAGCAACACCAGCCGGCUCAGUACAAGCGGUUGCAUAA